AAUUCCUCAGAAGGGCAAGGUCGAAUUCCCCCAUGAAAGCAUCGGCGGUCACCUCAUCCUCGGGUAUUUCCGUGAGUUCCCGAUGCGUUCACGGAAGUAAUUGAACUAUGUGAUUACUCAGCCGUGAAGAUAGGAUUGUGCUUAUUCUGUGCAGCCAUUGCAGAGUUCGAUAACUUAACAGCGAGAUGAUUAACCACCACGAAUAAAAUACUAAACAUCAGAUUCUGAGGACGUGCGAACAAGCACCACAAAGAGAUUUGUGUUUCAAGGGAGGCAACUGCAAAGGAGGAACAAGGAACAUCGUCCAUGUGGCGAGGUCAAAGUUGAAAGGUCGCGUCAAUGUUGUUGUGGACUGUGCACAUGUGUAUUCAAAGGUGAUAAGUCCUGUCACCUGCCGUAAUGGCGUGCUAUCAACAUCUGGUGUAUGUGAUGAUAGUUAUCUACGCGAUAUACUCAGCUUAUACCACAGCGGAGAUCCACCGAGCAAAGCCAGCAGUAUUGAAAAACGGUGUCAAAUCAAAACGACCACCAGACGUGGCGCUCGAUCCGGAAAGGCUGGAUAUGAUUGACGAAGAGUCUCACAGAACUUAUGAAAUCUGGACUUACUCUGUUCUAAGUUCUGUUCUAGUUGGACUUAGCGGUAUUUUCCCACUUCUCGUGAUACCCCUGGAGUCAGGAUCAGCUCUGAGACAUGGAGCUGCUGCAUCUCGCCUCAAGUUGAUGUUGAGCUUCGCAGUUGGGGGUUUACUGGGAGAUGUGUUCCUUCAUCUUUUACCGGAGGCGUGGGCGUAUCUCGAUAAAGAUGACCUGCACAAUAGCCAUUCAAGGAUCGGCCUUUGGAUCAUCAAUGGCCUGUUACUGUUCCUUAUUUUAGAGAAGACAUUUGGAGAUGAAAAUGAAUUUACUCCAAUCAAAGAUACUUGUGAAGAGGAGCCUAGACCUGUCAGUGCCCCGGUGAAACAAGAGAGUGAAAAUAGCCACAAAAAGCGGAGACACAAAAAUAAUAAGAAAACCUCCGAGGCUGUGAAUAAUAAAAAAGUUGUGAAUAGAGACUCUUUAGCAAAUACUCAGCAGAAAAAUACACCUGAAAGUAGUUCGGGCAAAGAGCAUAUAAAGGUCAGCGGUUAUUUGAACUUGAUGGCCAACUGUAUAGACAACUUUACCCAUGGACUGGCUGUAGCAGGGAGCUUCAUCGUCAGCACAAAGGUUGGGUUCAUGACAACUAUAGCAAUACUCUUACAUGAAAUUCCCCAUGAAAUUGGAGACUUUGCAAUACUACUACGGUCAGGAUUUGAUCGAUGGAAAGCAGCAAAGGCACAACUCCUUACAGCAACAGGGGGUGUCAUAGGAGCUCUUACUGCACUUUUGUCAGACUCUGCCCAGGCAGCAGGGGAGAGAACUGCAUGGAUUCUACCUUUCACCUCUGGAGGAUUUCUAUACAUCGCCUUGGUAACUGUUGUACCUGAUUUGCUACAGGAAAAGCAUGGAUGGGAGUCUGUGAAGCAGGUGCUAUGUCUGAUAGGAGGUGUUGCCACCAUGUGUAUUGUGACUCUCGUUUGCUGAUGAAGAUCCUGUUCCUCUGUUGAGGAUGAAGCAGAAAGAUCGAAAAGAUGAUAGAAGACUGUUAUGUAGCAUGCUUAGAUUAUUACACUGUUCACUCAAUGAGGCGGCCAUGGUGGCCAGAGGUGCUGGGUGUGUGAAUCAGUCAUUGAUUGAACACCCAAUGUAUGGUCACAGGAUGAUGAAUCAAGCAAUGAUUGAGUGCCCAGUUCAUUGUCACAGAAUGAUGAAUCAAUCAAUGAUUGAGUGCCCAGUUCAUGGUCAUAGAAUGAUGAAUCAAUCAUUGAUUGAGUGCCCAGUUCAUGGUCACAGAAUGAUGAAUCAAUCACUGAUUGAGUGCCCAAGUUAUGGUCACAGGGUGGGGGUUGUACUGGUAGUGGGCAUCUGAGGGAGUUGUGAGAAUAUUCUACUCAAUAAUCUUUUCUUUUGUAAACAGCCACAGGAUGAGAUAGGAUUGCAAAACUCAAAAUUAACAAAGAUCAGAACAACCAGAUAAGACCAAUACCUAGUCUAGUAUAUUUGUGAGAGCUCUCAAAGGGGCGGUGGUGUAGCUUGCUGGUUAAAGCGUUCGUUCGUCACACUGAAGACCCAGGUUUGAUUCCCCUCAUGGGUGCAAUGUUUGAAGCCCAUUUCAGGUGUCCUCUGUCCUGAUAUUGCUGGAAUAUUGCUAAAAGAGAUGUAGAACCAUACUCCCUCACUGAGAGCUCUCAAAAGAUGGGAUAGUAUAUGCCUCAAAGAUGCUAUAUUUAGCAGUGUAGAGCAUCCCUUAAAAACGACCAGAGUCUGUAAUCAUGGAUUUAAUGGCCAGAUUCACCCUGAUUGUGUUUCUAGGGUUGUCAGGAGUGUGCUCAUGGGUUUUUCCAAAAUGGUUGUCAACUUGUAACCUCACAUAGGUGACUGUUAUCUUAGUUACCUCCAUUCACAUUGAGAGUUAUCUCCCUUAGCCUGUUUUUGUACAAGUAAUAUUUUGGUAUGUUCUGGUACAUUAACAUAAAAAAUAAAGACUUUCAAAUAUCAAUGUGAAGGUAAGCGUUGUAGAUAUAUUCACAUGCAGAUCUUACAAGAUGCAGUAUUUCGGUCACUCAGGAUAUCCUUCUCCCUUACUCAAAAUAUCUUUCUGGUUGAUGUGUAUAUCACUCAAUCUUUGGUAGAGAUACUCAGAUUUGUCAAGCUAUAUACAUGAUAUAUGAAGUCAUAUCUUUGAAGUAUGUUAUAACAAUAAUAUUGCCACGUCUGUAAUAUCCAAAGCACUGUCACCUGUAAAGUUCAGGUUAGAAUUGAUCUUCAGCUACCCAUGCUUAUUUUAAGAGCCGACUAACGGGAUCGGGUGGUCAGGCUCUCUGACUUGGUUGACACACGUCAAUUGGCGUAGAUCGAUGCUCUCCUUUCAUGGACGUUGGAUGUGGUCAUUGAUAUAGAUUACACCUUUUCCUGCCCUUAUACAGAAAAUAUCAGUUAUCUACUUCCAGUAACGCGGGAUCGGGGGUCAGGCUUGCUGACUUGGUUGACACGUGGCGUCGUAUAUUUUUUGCGUAGAUCGAUGUUUAUGCUGUUAAUCACUGGAUUGUCUGGUCCAGACUGGAUUAUUUAAAGACUGCAGCCAUAUAGCUGGAAUAUUGCUGAGUGCGGCGUUUAACAACCAACCAAAGCACAGGAGUAUGUUAUUAUUCGAAAUCACUAAGAUUAUUUAAAAAUGCCCUUCAAGGCAGAGUGGUAUAUCCGAAUUUAUAAAGUCUGAAUUUAAAAGCAACACAUGUGGUAUUAAAUUCAAAUACUGUUUCCUUUAUUAUCAAACUAUCUGCAUUGUUGUUUUACUGUAGGACACAGAGUCUCACAAUAAUGGCGAGCAUAAUGCCAAUCACUGGAAUGUCUGGUCCAGACUUGAUUAUAUGCAGACUGCCACCAUAUAGUUGGAAAAUUGCUAAGUGCAUCAUUCAACAAUACCAACAAGGAUGAAAUAUUUCUUUUACAGUAAGAAAUAGUCAUAUCAAACUCCAAGGGAUUGGUUAAAUAUGUUUUAUCCGUACUUUGUUAAUUAUGCAAAUCUUAACUGCCAGUUUGGACUCUUACAGUGUGUACAUAUUUGAUGUAUUUGAAAAAAGCUCUUGAACUGAAAAUAAAGAGAAAACUAUAAUUAAACAUUGUUCCUUGGAAUAUAGUUACAUUUUGUAUGAUGCUAAUGCCCGCUAAAUUCUGGAAGGCCUAUUUGUAAAUAUAAACAAAGAAUGAUUUAGUGAAGAAAAUCAGCAAGCUAUAUACUGGUAUGUGGCACUAAUGUUCGACACAUCUGGUGUUUUCCAGAGGUGCUUUUACUAAAACCUACCCUUGUGGUCAAAAUGAAGUGUAUAGACUCAUUUCUAUAGUACUCAACAUUUGCUAAGGACCACAUCUCUAAUGACUAAUUUCGUCCUUAGCAAAUGUUGAAUAGUAUGUUGGGUGUGAAAUGUAAAGAUGUUUUUUAAUACUCUGGUUGAAGUCUUUCAGUCACUCACACUCUGAUACAGGCAUAAUAGCUUGGUUGUAUUCCCAAUACUUACUGCCAAUAAUUGUGUUUAGAUAGGUCUUGAAAACUUUAAGAUCAGGAAAAAGAAUAUAUCAGUGGCACAUUA